CACCAAACUGAUUGCGAAAAUCUCACUACCACCGAAUUCCGUCCGAUUCGACUUUUACAAAUCAAAAAAUAAACUUCACAGUCGUCGGUCCUGAUCAUAAAUCAAAUGGACGAGAGGAUUCAUCAUCACCAUCACCGUCACAGGGGUAAGGAAGAGGAGGAGGAGGAGGAUGAGAGCGAUGAAAGCGGCGACGAAUUCACGUCGGAGGACGAAGGGACGGAGGACUACAGGCGCGGCGGAUACCACGCCGUCCGUGCAGGCGACGCCUUCAAGAGUGGCCAGUACGUUGUCCAGAGCAAACUCGGCUGGGGCCACUUCUCCACCGUCUGGCUCGCCUGGGACUCCCUUAACUCUCGAUAUGUGGCGCUGAAAGUGCAAAAGAGUGCGCAGCAUUACACGGAGGCAGCCAUGGAUGAGAUUACCAUCUUGCAACAGAUUGCAGAAGAAGACCCGGAAGAUAAGAAAUGUGUGGUGAAGCUGUUGGAUCAUUUUAAGCACUCAGGUCCAAAUGGGCACCAUGUUUGUAUGGUCUUUGAGUAUUUAGGGGAUAAUCUACUGACACUUAUCAAGUAUAGUGAUUACUGUGGAAUGCCUAUUCAGAGAGUCAAGGAAAUAUGCUUUCAUAUUCUGGUGGGGUUGGAUUACUUGCACAGACAGCUUUCGAUUAUACAUACUGAUUUGAAACCGGAGAACAUUUUAUUAUUGUCCACGAUUGACCAAUCUAAGGAUCCUAGGAAGUCUGGCGUUCCUCUUAUUCUUCCUAACAGCGUGAACAAGACUGUGUUUGGGACUACUAUUACCACAGAUGUCAAGCCAUCCAAUGGGGACUUGACUAGAAACCAAAAGAAGAAGAUUAAAAGAAAGGCUAAGCGAGCUGCUCAGGGUUGUGCAGGGAAGGAAGCUUCAGCAGAAACUGAGACUGACCCUGAAACAUCUGGUGCUGUCGAGAGUUCUGGUAAUUCGAAUUCAAAUAUGGGUUCUGUCUAUGCGAAUGCCGUAUCUACAGCUGAUGGAACUGGGCAAGGAAGUCUGGGUCGUAAAAGAGGAAGCCGAUCCGCAAGGCAGCAGCUGUUGGCUUCGGUUGACCUGAAAUGCAAGUUGGUUGACUUUGGUAAUGCUUGCUGGACUUACAAGCAGUUUACAAAUGACAUCCAAACGAGACAAUAUAGGUGUCCAGAGGUUAUCCUGGGGUCUAAAUAUUCUACUUCUGCUGAUCUUUGGUCAUUUGCUUGCAUCUGUUUUGAGCUUGCAACUGGUGACGUUCUUUUUGAUCCUCAUAGCGGUGACAACUUUGACAGAGAUGAGGACCACUUAGCAUUGAUGAUGGAGCUUCUAGGGAUGAUGCCACGGAAGAUUGCCUUGGGUGGCCGUUAUUCGCGGGACUUCUUUAACCGAUACGGUGAUCUAAGGCACAUUCGUCGCUUGCGUUUCUGGCCCAUGAACAAGGUUCUAAUGGAGAAGUACGAAUUCAGCGAGCAAGAUGCCGCUGAGUUGGCUGAUUUCCUUGUCCCCAUUCUUGAUUUUGUCCCUGAGAAGCGGCCAACUGCUGCCCAAUGCCUACUUCAUCCUUGGAUUAGUUCAGGUCCUCGUCUUUUAGAGCCUUCAACACUGUCUACUCAAUCCCAAGCUGCUGAUACUUUAUUUUGCGAGAAAAUGAUGAGGGAGAAAGGGGAGACAGAAGUCGUGGAGGUUGGAAUGGGGAAGAUAGCAAUCAAUGCAGAUUCGAAACAAGUCAAAAAUCCUCAGUCUAUGAGUAAACUGUCAAAGACCGAUAUAGGAAGUUCAUCUAGGUAGGUCCAUUUCAGGACUUUGGUUGGACCUUAGAUUGCUUAAAAAGAAAAGUAUAGAAAAGAAGGAAAUAAUUUGCUUUGCGAGUCCCUUUCCGUGUUCUCUUCCUUCAUAAAUCCUUGAUCCACACAGCUCUAUUGUUUCUCCACUACCUGGGCAUGUAUAGUUUUUCAUCACCAACAUUUCAUUGCUUGCAAGGCAUAUAAUAAUUCCCCCAUCUAUUUGAACUUUCAUUUGGUUUG